GUGACGGAGUUAGCGCCACUGCGAUCAUUAGCGGAAUGCCUAAAGGAGCCUUCUCUCCGUGGAAGCUUUCCUAUUACAACGUUAUGUGAUUUUGGUGUCCAAAUAGCAUCUGCCAUGGAAUACCUUCAUAGUAAGAACGUUAUCCAUAGAGAUUUGGCAACACGGAAUAUUCUUGUUUUUUCAAAAGAUAAGGUUAAAAUUAGUGAUUUUGGUUUAUCAAGAGCAUUGGGUGUCGGGAAGAACUACUACCAAACUAAUUACAACGUUAACCUUAAGUUGCCAUUAGCCUGGCUAUCCCCCGAAGCAAUAAAUGUCCUCAAGUUCACUCCUGCAAGCGAUGUUUGGGGGUUUGGCGUCACAUUAUGGGAGAUGCUGUCAUAUGGUUUCCAGCCUUGGGCAGCCUUGAAUGGACAGCAGGUUAGUUAAAAUGUUGUAUGCCCAAAAGUUGUAAUAUGACAU